CGAUAAAGUCGAGUUCUUCAAACGUCAACGGCAGCGUUGUGACCGUUUUGUUUGACGCUAUUGUAUAGUAUUUGUUGGUGUUCCGCGUAUUUGAGUGCCUAUUCGAAGUAUAUGCUGAUGAGUUACACAUGGUACACAAGAAAUCGGAGUACAGGCUACAGUUCCAUGUCUUGCCCAAUGACCUGAGGAAGCAAAUAUGGCAAGAAAAUCUCAGAUUCAGGGAGCUGCGUCGAGCUGUGAAUCAAGCUGACCAUUUUUGGAGCUAUCAGCUGGUAGAAACAAGUGACUCUGAUGAUGAAGAAACUGAUCAAAGUAAAGAAGUGACCACUCUGGUUGGAGUGAAAAACAGGCUUUCUGCAUUAACAUGUGACACUGAAAAUAUCCAAGAAGUCCCCAUUAUAAAGCAGAACAAUGGGAAAUCAGUUGCUGAGGGCAACAAAUGUAAAUUAAAGGAUACUGGUGUGCAAACAGUUGAACUGCAAGACAUUGUAUUACUCGACAAGGAGUUCAAAGACAAGAAAUUUAGCACAGUUGCUUCAAACACAGAAGAAACAAAGGUUAAAUAUGAAAGAAGUCAGAAGAAAUCGAGUUCAUCUUUUCUUUCACCAGAAUUCAAUAAACCAACUAAAGCAGUUAAAGAAUUGGAUGAUCCUGAAACUGCAAAACAUAUGCGGCCAGUGAGUGCUUCUUUACAAAGAUCUUAUGAUAAAAUUAGAAGCGCAUCUCCAUGCAGAAGAUCAAGAUCUCCAAGCCCACGUUUUUCUGUGUUGUCACGGACUAGGCGCAAAUCCUACAUGGAACAGAAGCAACCAGUGUUCACUGACUUUGGAUGGAAUGAUAGUAACAGAAAUGUUGGUGAUAAGAAGACAUACAAUAUUCUUGCUCCUGAGAAAGAGGUCCAUCCCCUUGCGCUACAAGCAUUAAGAAAUAGACAAACUGAGAUUGAGGAGUGCCUUGCUCAAGAAUCCCAGGUACUAAAUGCUGCCCAAACUCCAAUGAUAUGGAAGCAUCCAUAGAUAUCUUAACUUCUGAAGUUUCAGAAGGAAUAGGGUCAGAGUUUUGUUUCAUGAAGCUGUAAUACAUUUAUGCAGCUGCCGCUGAGUCAUCACAGCACCUAAAAGUGAUGACAGCACAUCUUGUAUUUCCUAUUAGUACUAGCUCAGUGCACUGAGUGUUCUUACCAUUCUACUUUUUCUUUGUGAAUAGAAAGUAAAGGUCAUUACUGCACCAUUUUGUUUACUUGACAUCUUUGUGGUGUUGUUUGUUUUCCAUGACCAAACAAGACAUCAUGGUCAGUGCUUUUUCUCUAAUAAAGAAAUAAACACAGCAUACACAGUGCUCUAAAUUACAUUCUAAAAAUAUCUUCAAGUGAUAUGUACUGUA